CUCUCCGGUAGUCUGAGCAAACCAACCUCGUCGGGGGGGGGGGUUGGGCUAAGCCAAAUAACACCAAGAUGGCGGCUGCUCUCAAUGAAAGAAUGGGGCUGCUCCUGGGACUUUGCUUCUCUUUGCUUCUUGGCAGCACUUCGGCUGUCGAUCGAGGGAACUUUAAAACCUGUGCUCAGAGUUCCUUCUGCAAGCGUCAGCGUGCACUGAAACCAGGUCAGUCUCCAUACAGGGCUUUACUGGACACACUAGAACUAAGUGACUCCAGACUCACUUUGCAACUCAUCAAUGACAACAACAAGGUGCACUUGCUGUUGGAGCUGUACAGGCUGCAGGGGAACAUCACUCGUGUUAAAAUCAAUGAGCUGAAACCUCUGAAGCCUCGUUUUGAGGUGCCAGAUGUGCUCGUAGGAGAGCCUCCCACUGAGCCUCUCUCCGUUCUGUCUAAGGAUGAUAAUGGUGUGGUGCUGUCUCUGGGGCCGGAGAGCCAGAGGCUAAUUGUUAGCGCUCGCCCGUUUAGGCUGGACAUCAUGGAGGGGCCUCAGGUGCUGCUUUCGCUCAACUCCCGUGGUCUGCUGGCAUUUGAGCAUCUGCAGCUCCGCAAGAACACGCAAGUAGAUCCAGAGGGUGCAGAGGUGAAGGAGAAUGUAGAUGGAGCUGAACAGCAGGGCGAGGAGGAGAAGGCAGAUGGGGUGAAGGAUAAAGAGGAAGAUGGUUUGUGGGAGGAAACAUUUAAGUCGCACACAGACAGUAAGCCCAGUGGUCCUACAUCAGUUAGUUUAGACUUUUCCUUGCCUGGAGUAGAGCAUGUAUAUGGCAUACCAGAACAUGCAGACAACCUGAAACUCAAAACCACAGAAGGCGGUGAUCCGUACCGGCUGUACAAUCUGGACGUGUUCCAGUAUGAGCUCUACAACCCCAUGGCCUUAUACGGAGCCGUACCUGUCAUGCUGGCUCAUAACACACAGAGAACCAUGGGCAUCUUCUGGCUCAAUGCUGCAGAGACCUGGGUGGACAUCAGCUCCAACACUGCCGGCAAAACAGUGUUUGGGAAGAUGCUGGACUUUGUUCAGGGCUCCAGUGAGACCCCUCAGACUGAUGUGCGUUGGGUCUCGGAGAGUGGGAUCAUUGACGUCUUCAUCAUGCUCGGUCCCAAACCCUCUGAUGUCUUCACACAAUACGCCUCACUCACAGGCACCCAGUCGUUCCCUCCCCUGGCAGCUCUGGCCUAUCACCAGUGCCGCUGGAACUACAACGACCAGGAGGACGUGAAGGCUGUGGACCAGGGCUUUGAUCAGCACGAUGUCCCGUAUGACUUCAUCUGGCUGGACAUCGAGCACACAGACGGCAAGCGCUACUUCACCUGGGACCCUCACAAGUUCCCCCAACCCAAAGACAUGCUGCAGGGCAUCAUGGACAAGAGACGCAUGAUGGUGGCCAUAGUUGACCCUCACAUUAAAGUGGACAGUGGGUACAAGAUCCACAAUGAGAUCCGUGACAAAAACUUCUAUGUCAAGAACAAAGAUGGAGGAGACUACGAGGGAUGGUGCUGGCCAGGAAAUUCUGGCUACCCAGACUUCACUAAUCCAGAAAUGAGAGCCUUUUGGGCCAGUAUGUUUGCAUACGAUCAGUAUGAGGGCUCCAUGGAGAACCUGUACACAUGGAACGAUAUGAACGAGCCAUCUGUGUUCAACGGCCCUGAGGUGACCAUGUACAAAGAUGCCAUGCACGGCAGUUGGGAGCACAGAGACCUCCACAACCUCUACGGCUUCUAUGUUCAAAUGGCCACAACUGAAGGCCUGAUCCAGCGGUCUGGGGGGACAGAAAGGCCCUUUGUUCUCACCCGAGCCUUCUUCGCUGGCUCACAGAGAUAUGGUGCUGUGUGGACUGGAGAUAAUGCAGCUGAGUGGGAGCAUCUCAAGAUCUCUAUCCCCAUGUGUCUGAGUCUGGGCCUGGUUGGCAUCUCUCUGUGUGGAGCUGACGUUGGUGGUUUCUUUAAGAGCCCCAGCACUGAACUGCUAGUGCGUUGGUACCAGACUGGUGCAUACCAGCCCUUCUUCCGGGCACAUGCCCACCUGGACACCCCCAGGCGGGAGCCCUGGCUCUUUGGCCCAGAGAACACUGCCCUCAUACGGGAAGCUGUCCGUCAGCGCUAUGCCCUCCUACCCUACUGGUACCAGCAAUUCUACCAGGCACACAAGACUGGUCAGCCUGUUAUGAGGCCUCUGUGGGUUGAGUAUCCUAAAGACACAGCCUCUUUUGCCAUUGAUGAUGAGUUCUUGAUUGGACGAGACUUGCUGGUACAUCCUGUCACUGAAGAAGGGGCACGAGGCCUCACCGCUUACCUGCCUGGUCAUGGGGAGGUUUGGUAUGAUGUCCACACAUUCCAGAAACACAAUGGAGCUCAAAACCUCUACAUCCCAGUUACCAUGAGCUCGAUCCCAGUGUUCCAACGUGGAGGCUCCAUCAUUCCUAGAAAGCUCAGAGUUCGAAGGUCAUCUGCCUGCAUGGAAAAUGACCCAUACACCCUGUAUGUGGCCCUCAAUCCACAGAGAGCUGCUGAGGGUGAACUCUACAUAGACGACGGCCACACCUUUAGUUUCCAGACCAAGAAGGAGUUUAUUCACCGGAGCCUAACGUUUGCCUACAACACUCUCACAUCCAGGAACUUGUGCACAGAGUCCAACUUCUCUACUAAAUCAUGGAUUGAAAAGGUUCUCAUAUUGGGAGCCAGUAAACCCAAAAAAGUUACUCUUCAGAUGGAUGGCAAAGAGACUUCUGUGGAGUUUGAGUUCGAUGCCUCCAUGUCAGUGCUUACCCUUCGCAAGCCAGGCAUGAAUGCGGGAGCAGACUGGACUGUGAAGCUACAAUAACACACUGGAACUUGCCUGAAAAAACAGAAGGAUGUAGGUCCAGGAACCAAAACAUGUUGCAGACAAAUGACCAAGAAAUGAAUGUUCCGGAGGUUUAACGAGACCAACCCAUGAGAUAUCAGACCUGUAAACAUGAGACUGUUCUCAAACAGUCAAGUCUUUAGUAUGGACGUACACCGGAAAAAUGCUGGGGGGCGGGGGAUCUUUAAGAUCAGUGACAUGGGAGAGUGAAAUGGUAGAUAUUUUGGGUUUUAUAUUUUCUAAACGGUUGUGCAGAAAAAUCAUGCUACUCUUCAAAAUGUCAUCAUGUAGUGAAUUUGUCAAAACGGUAGGGGAUUUUCCCCCCCCCCCCCAGAUGCCUAUGAUUAAAUUGAGCAAAAAGCAUGUUUAUGCUUGAUUGAUUAUUUACAUUAGUUUGAUCCGUGCCCUCCAUACUAUGAACCAUUUUCUUUAUGUUCCUAAAUCUUUGCCAUGAUUUUGAUUGUUCACAUUAAUGGUUCUUUUACAAAUGGACUAGCUGUGUCUUGGUUAAAGAGUGUAAACGGAUGGUGGCAGCUCACACUAAUUAAAACCCACAGAUUAGAAUACCUUUAGGGGAAUAAACCACUUAUUUAGUGGAAGUGAUCAUUUUAGUAAAUAAUAGGGUGUUUUUGUUGCAGUUUAUUGUCCAUUUAUUUCUCUCAUUGUGAUCUUUUCUUGUGCACUUGAAUAUUUCUGAAGGUGGUUGGAUAUUUUCAGUAAAACUAAUAUUUAGCUUGAGUUUACAUCUGCCACAAAGUUGGCCAUGUAGUGAUGGAAAUGUGAAAGUUAAUUUUCUGAGGUGUUGCCGAGAGCCUCUGUAAAACUUGUGACUUCACAUGAAAAUAUUGCAAGUGCUUUUUGUGUACAUUCCUUCUUUAUCUGAUGUGAAUACACUAUAUUUCGUGGUCCUACUGAUCAUAUGGCUCUUUUUUUUUUGCUGUUUGUGUAAAUUCACAUUCAGUUGACCUUUUGAAAAAUGUUGGUCUUAUUGUCCUGACCUGUCUUUAAAAAACAACAUGCUUGUCCCCACCAAACUGACAUGAUAGGAUUAAUGAUUUGAUGACAUGGGUCUUCAGGCAAAAUGGUCAGAAAUUCAAAAUAAAAAUUAAUUCCUUAAAUAUA